UCCGUGUUCGACAGUAAAAUGGAACAUUAUUUACAGUAGUGCAAUACGUUUUACAUACUCAAGGGUCUUGUGUUAAUGUUCCUAGCUAUUUGUUGAUCGAAAAUCACAGUCGAAUAGCGAAAGCAUGUCGCGUCACCGCAACGUACGGAACGCCGUCUACGAUGAAUACGAUGACGACGACGACUACCGGUACGGGCAGUCGGUUGAGGACGAAUGUAUCUCGCCCACCGACGCCCAGCAAUGGAUAUACGAUCGUGCCAAAGGUCAGCAGAGCAUGUCUGAGUUCUUGGCCAACAACCGCGACAUCGAGGAGGAAGAUGAGCUGGCCGAGGAUAAGCGCGAUGCUGGCGCACACAAGAGACGCGAUUCCGAGUGUUAUCAACUCCCCGAACUGAGUGAUGAUGAGCGCGCACGUUUGCUGUCGUGUAUGGAUGAAAUUCGCGACAUUGUCGGAGAAACAGUCGGCGACCGGCAGAUGGUGGAAGCGAUCAUGAAGCACGGGUACGACUGUCCCAAAGCGUUGGACGAGAUACUGAACAGCAACAAAACUCCACCGUCGGCAAGCGGAUCCGGCAUCAAACUGCAGGGCGAACCGUUGGAAAAAGGAAUCAGUGAACUCUUGUUGGAACGAUCGGGAAAGAAGCUACAGGCGACGCAGGGCGCCGUGCCCAUCACUAUUACGACACCAACGGUGGAUUCGCAGCAAUCCUUCCGCCCUCACGAUGCCGCUCUCCCGCAGGCGACGGUCGUCAUCACGCCGGUGGCGAAGAAAACGCUCGGCUUCGAGAUCAACAGCCCGCAGCGGGUCCAGUCGCCGAAUGUGUCCGGUCGAAACACACCCGAACCGAUGACUGAGGAUGGCAAACAGCAUCAUCUUUUGAAUCAAUCGCUUAAAUCGACCCCGAAGGAACAGCCAGUGCGCAACGCGAAAGAUCUGUUCGAAAAGGAGCGUGGAACGCGUAAGGAACACAUCCACAUGGUCGUGAUCGGACACGUGGACGCGGGCAAGAGCACGCUGAUGGGACACUUGCUGUACGACACGGGCAAUGUACCGCAACGCGUGAUGCACAAGCACGAGCAAGAAAGCAAAAAACUCGGCAAACAGAGCUUCAUGUACGCCUGGGUCCUGGACGAGACGGGUGAAGAGCGAGAACGCGGCAUCACGAUGGACGUCGGCAGCACCCGAUUUGAGACGCCAACGAAAGAGAUUACGCUCCUGGACGCACCAGGACACAAGGACUUCAUCCCGAACAUGAUAUCGGGCGCGAACCAGGCGGACGUGGCACUGCUCGUGGUCGAUGCGACACGCGGAGAGUUUGAGACCGGCUUUGAGCAGGGAGGCCAGACACGAGAGCACGCCCUUCUGGUGCGUUCGCUCGGCGUCAACCAGCUCGGUGUGGUCAUCAACAAGCUGGACACCGUCGGUUGGUCCAAGGAACGGUUCGACGAGAUCGUGAGCAAGUUGAAAGUUUUCCUCAAACAGGCCGGUUUUCGCGAGUCCGAUGUAACGUACAUUCCGUGCUCCGGACUCACGGGCGAAAAUCUUGUCAAGGAUCCAACCGAUCCCACACUGACCCAGUGGUAUAAGGGACCAACUUUGUUGAAAGUGAUCGAUUUGUUCAAAACGCCGGAUCGUGCAAUAGACAAACCCUUUCGCAUGUCGGUGGCCGACAUCUUUAAAGGCACCGGGUCAGGAUUUUGUCUUUCGGGGCGCAUCGAGUCCGGUGUCGUGUGCGCGAACGACAAGGUGAUUGUGUGGCCCAGCAAAGAACAAGCGAUCGUCAAGAGCAUCACAAUCGAUGAGCUACCGCACCCGAUGGCCUUUGCCGGUGAUCAAGUUUCACUCACUUUGGCCAAUAUCGACGUUAGCAACAUUACCGUUGGGUAUAUUUUGUCUGACAUCUAUCAUCCCGUGCCCCUCGCUACCCGCAUUAAGGCACGCAUCGUCGUGUUCAACGUGAAGGUUCCAAUAACGAUGGGCUACCCGGUGCUGGUGCACCACCAAUCCCUCAUCGAACCGGCCACGGUGCGCAAACUGAGAGCACAACUGCACAAGGGCACCGGAGAGGUCAUCAAGAAGAAUCCACGCUGCCUGGGUAACAACUCCUGUGCACUGGUCGAAAUCGAGUUCCAGCGUCCGAUCGGCAUGGAACGGUAUGCCGAUUUCAAGGAUCUGGGUCGCAUCAUGCUACGAGUCGGUGGGGUUACCAUUGCAGCCGGCCUUGUUACCGAUAUCGUUAAGUAGAGUCGCCAAAUCUGGUGUUUCGGAUUUUCGAUAUUAUGAUGUUUGUUGACCCGUGGGGCC